CGCUUGGUUAACGCAGGUCUAAUUGGAAUUUGCAAACGUCAGCUAUUUGGAAGCUUCAUUUCUAUAUUUAUUUACGUCCUGGCUGUUAGCUUUGCUUGGUUAGCUUGCUCACUCUCUAUCUGCACUUGCACCGUCUUUGAUCCCCCACCAAGCUCCCAUUGACAGUCACCUCUUUCAUCUACAGUAGCUCCCCGCUACAACUCUUUCCUGCUUCAGCAGCAAUGGCGUGUCCAGCGAAUGCAGAUAAUUCAUUCGGGCCGCAGUAUUGUCAAAAAUUGGAUUUUACCCUUCUCUUUGAACAGUCUCUGCUGCAGAUUGCCCCAUGUCUCCUCUUCUUGCUGUCGCUACCAAUACGCACCCUUCAACUACAGCGCCAGACUGUCAAAACACAGCCUACGGGCAUUCGAGCAUUUAAGCAAUUGGCCGUUGUAGUUCUUGCUGCUCUCCAAUUCGGACUCCUCAUCGCGUACAGCGUAUUACCAGAGCUUUGCAUUAGAACUUCGCUGCCUUCUACAGUCAUUGCCAUUGUUGCCUCGCUAGCGCUCCUGUACUUGUCGAGUAUAGAGCAUUCACGAUCUGCACGGCCAAGCUCAACCAUCAAUGCAUACAUAUUCUUCUCUAUUCUUCUGGAAAUUCCUCAAGCUCGAAGCUUAUGGCUGCGUCACAAUUCGUCCCCCGUGCCAGGGCUAUUUACAGCUGCUCUGGCCGUCAAGGUUGUCGUCUUCUACCUCGAAGCGCGGAGCAAACGGUCAUCCCUCCUGGCUCCAUACUCUUCUUAUGCUCCCGAGUCUCUUGUCAAUCUCUACGAUCGUAUUGUGUUGUGGUGGCUGAAACCAUUGUUCCUCAAGGGCUAUGGAAGCGUCAUAUCCAUGGACGGCCUCUUGGCUAUUGACCAGGAUUUAUCGUCGGACAAGGUCGAGCGCAAGUUCAACAAACACUGGCAACGAUCCCUAUCGUCCAAACGGCCACUGAUAACCACCCUGCGCCGCGCACUAUGGCUUGAGCUCAUCACCAUGGGCGCUCCAAGACUGUUUCUAAGCGCCUUCAGACUCUCGCAGCCUCUCCUCAUUCGCCAAGUUACCUCUUGGUUAAGCAAAAAUGAUAGCAAUGUCGACAUUGGUCAUAGCUUGAUUGGUGCUGCUGCCCUCGUCUAUAUUGGAAUGGCCCUCACCAAUGUAAUUAGCAAGCGGCAGUUUGACAGAUUCUCUACCAAGCUCCGCGCUAUACUCAUCUCCGUCAUUCAUUCCAAGAGUCUGUGUCUCUCUGCGGAACAGUUGAGUGACGGCGCAGUGCUCACGCUCAUCAGCAACGAUGCGAACCGUAUUUGUACGACUCUGCAACAACUGGUUGACCUCUUCUCAGUACCGCUUGAGGUUUCGGUUGCCAUUUACCUUCUCAGUCGAGAAAUUGGUGUCGCUGCGGUUGCACCUGUUGCCUUUUCGCUCAUCAUCACUGUCAUCUCGUUCCUCAACUCGAGCCGGUCGAUUCCUUUGCAAAGAGGAUGGCUAGUAGCCAUUCAAGAGCGCAUAUCCUACACAGCGGCUGUUCUCGGCUGCCCCAAGGGCUUCAAGAUGCUGGGAUUAACUUCCUAUUUCCGAGAUCGUAUCCAAGGGCUGCGCGUGGCUGAGCUGAACAAGUACGCGCAGUAUCGCAAGUUUGUUACUUUCCGCAACGCCUUUGCUGCCAUCCCUGACAACGUCGCGCCUGCACUCACGCUGAUGAUGUUUGCUCUUAUUCAUCAAGGCAGGGCAUUGACACCAUCGAUCGCCUUCACCGCACUGUCUCUUAUCUCUAUCCUCACAAAGCCAAUUCAGGAAAUCAUCUUUGCUGUGCCAUCGCUUAUCACGGCCCUGGCUAGUGUCAAGCGCAUUGAAUCCUUUCUGCUACUGGAUGGAGGCAAACUCGUCUUAAGCGAUUCCGAUGCUUCGAGCUCGUCUUUGUUGACUGCAGACGGUGUUGUCGAAUUACAAGAGCAGCAGAAAUCUGUCAGCCAUGGUGGGUUGGAAUUAAAGGACGUUACGGUUUGUCUGGGAAAAGACAACAAAAUCGUCCUGCGCAGCGUUUCUGCUACCAUCACUCCUGCAACACUGACAUUGAUUGUUGGUCCCGUUGGAAGCGGCAAAUCAACACUUUUACGUACCAUCACGGGCGAUAUUCCAGCUACCAAUGGCCAGGUCCAACGGUCUAGCCAAAGCAUUGGAUACUGUUCUCAGGAAGCAUGGCUCCCAAACAAGUCCAUUAAGGACAUUGUCAUGGGCGAAUCCGAAUGGGACGAUACUUGGUACGCUACAGUAAUGGAAGCAUGUGCCCUGGCUAGCGACAUUUCCGCCUUGCCAGCCGAAAUGGAAACCAUGGUCGGUAAUAAAGGCGUCUCACUGAGUGGUGGCCAAAAGCAACGACUAUCGCUAGCGAGAGCUCUGUAUUCUCGAAAGAACCUCCUGGUUUUGGACGAUAUUCUGAGUGGCCUCGACGCCCGCUCAGCAAAGCAUGUUGUAAAACAGGUACUUGGACCAGAUGGCGUUUGCAAAAAGCAUGGUAUAACGGUCAUUAUGGCAACCCAUGCCGUAGAGUACCUCCACUACGCGGAUCACAUUGUGGCGCUCAAUGACAAGGGUAGUAUUGAAGAGCAGGGCUCGUUCCAGGAGCUCGACGCUCAAGAUGGCUACGUACAUAACCUUCGAUUUAACCGCGACAAAGAAUCUCUCCAAGACGAGCAAGAGAAACAGCAAGAUGAAAAUAGGCAGCCUGUCCUUUACGAGCCUGUUGUUUCCAGGGAAGACGAAAACGACGAGUCUGAAGAGCUUGCCCGCCGAACAGGUGACUCAGCAGUUUACAAAUACUAUGUAAAGUCAAUCGGUUGGAAGUUUUCCUCCAUUAUCGUCUUUACGGCUGUCGCAUAUGCCUUUGCCAACCGAUUCCCGGAACUUUGGGUCCGAUGGUGGUCUGAGGAAAAGGCCUUGAAACAGCAUCCUCUAGGCGUCUGGAUUGGAGUAUACAUCCUCAUUGCUUGCCUUGCUAUUGUUUGCCUCUUCUCCCAGAUUUGGGUUAUGCUCGUCUGGUCCGUCCCGCGCUCGUCGUCGAAGCUUCAUGAGCAGCUCCUCGAUACUGUCAUGAAUGCACCCUAUUCAUUCUUUGUCAAUACCGAUUCGGGAGUGACGCUAAACCGGUUCGCUAACGACAUGUCUCUGAUCGAACUCCAGCUUGCCGAUGCCGUGAUGCAUACACAAAACGAUGUGUACAUCUCCAUCACUAGCGCCGUCUUGAUUGCUAUUGGUGCUCGCUACGUAGGCAUUUUGAUGCCUUUUGCUGCUGUCCUCUUGUACUUUUUGCAAAAGUUUUAUCUGCGAACGUCACGACAGUUACGGUUCAUGGAUAUUGAAGCCCAGGCGCCUCUUCUCACGCACUGCCAGGAGACCAUUUCCGGCGUAACGACCAUUCGAGCGUUUAAAUGGCAGCACAGCUCGCAUUCCGCUUGUCUGCAGUUACUAGACCGCUCCCAGAAGCCGUAUUAUUUGAUGCUUUGUAUUCAGCGAUGGCUUAAUCUUGUUCUUGAUUUGACUACCGCGGCUAUUGCAACAGUUGUCGUUGCAUUGGCCAUGACUCUCCAUGGGACGGCCAGUGCUGGAUCAGUCGGUCUCUCGCUUCUCAACAUUCUUAACUUCAAUACCCAGCUAGCACAGCUGAUUCUCGAUUGGACAAGCCUCGAAACUUCUCUUGGCGCCGUUGCACGCUGUAAGAACUUUGAGGCUGGCACUCCCAGCGAACACUUGGCUGGAGAGAGUGUCCAACCAGCGAGCAACUGGCCGCAGUCAGGUCACAUUACCAUGGACAAUAUUACAGCGACAUAUGCACCAGGCAAGCCCCCAGCAUUAGACAAGGUGACACUUUCUAUUCCAGCCGGCUUCAAGGUCGGCAUUUGUGGCCGUAGUGGCAGUGGCAAGUCUUCGCUGCUCUUGACCUUGUUCCGCAUGCUCGACCCUUCAUCAGGAGAGAUGUAUAUAGAUGGAGUCAAUGUUACCACGCUGCCACGAGAAGUUAUUCGUGAUAGAAUUACACCUGUGCCUCAAGAGGCCGUCGCUGUUCCUGGCAGCGUCCGUACUAACCUAGACCCGAUGGACAGGAGCACCGAUGAAGCCAUUUUCACUGCACUGGAGAAAGUUGGUUUACUAGAGCUUAUCAACGAACGAGGUGGCAUAAAUGCAGAAUUGUCUGAUUUGGGUCUAUCACAAGGCCAGUUGCAGCUCUUUGCAGUAGCACGGGCUCUCCUGCGUCCCAGUAAAUUGGUUGUUGUGGACGAGAUGACGAGCUCUGUCGAUCAGAAUACCGAAGAGCGAAUACUGAAACUAGUCAAGACGGAGUUUCAAGAGAGCACCGUUAUUGCCGUGGCACAUCGGUUACAGACAAUAGCCGACUUUGACAUGAUUGUCGUCAUGGACAAGGGCCAGGUUGUAGAGUUGGGGAGACCAGAAGAGCUCCUUGAGAAGCAAGACGGCUACUUUUCCGCGCUGUGGAAAGAGGCGGCCGUUUGAAAGGAUAUUCAAAUAAAAUAAAACAGAACGAAAUAAACAAAGUUUAUUAAAAUAAAGUAAAAUAAAAUAUUUCUUUGUUUUUGUACUAGUCCUACGUCAUGUUCUUUCCGAACCGCCUUUUUCUG